GUGAAACCUCAGCUAGAAGAAAAAGAAGGGAAAACGUUUGAUGUCUUCACUGCAGUGGAGUUUAAAACUCAGGUGGUUGCUGGAACAAACUACUUCAUCAAGGUCCAUGUUGGCAAUGAUGAGUUCAUGCACCUGCGGGUGUUCAGAAGCCUUCCUCACGAGAGUAAGCCGCUGAGUCUCCACAGUUACCAGAGCAGCAAGGCUAAGCAUGAUGAACUGGCUUUUUUCUAG